GUGUGUGUGUGUGUGUGUGUGUGUGUGUGUGAUCACGUUUCGUAACUGCGACUCUAUUCAUUCAUUUAAAUUAAUAUUGUCCGUUGUUGAUGAUCGUCCAAGGCGAACGAGUAAAACGAUAUUUAUGCCAAUUCAGUGACGGUGUGUGUAGUGCGCCUCGCGUAUAUAAUAAUGUUGUGUAAGUUUACUAGGUAAGUAUAAUACUAUGAUUACUAUAUUCAUAAACAGUAGACGAUCGCGUGGAACCACAUUCAUAAUUAUUAUCAUGCACCCGUCCCGGUCCGUACAGCGUGUAUUCGAUCGAUCUGAAUACGAUUCGUUGCGGGUCUUUCUUUUUUCAAAAUCCACCAGAGCUGUGAAAGUCGAUCGUUUGAUAUAUUUAUCGGAUGCAGCGCGAGAAGAUUAAAUAAAGAUUUUAUCUGAUUAAAAUUAUACACUCCGAGGACAUUACAACUUUUGAAACUUCAUUAUAUGCUUCUCCUACGUCAUGGACUUCGGAAACUAUAAGAUUGUUGUAUGAGAUAUGAUUGGAUAUAUAUAUAGAACAUAGAAGAGUUGUGGACUGGAAUCGUUAGAUAUGGUUAAUGUUUGAUACUUUCACCAAGUCCUAUACCAGUGCCUUUGCGAUCUGCCAAUUGCAGCAGUUGUCUGCCGUCACUUGCCUUUAAGCAGCUAGGCGAUGAAAGGGCAGCGGGACACUGUGAUAACCGCUACUGCCUUGUUAUUAGUCACUGCGGUCAUCCGUUGCGCCGCCGGUUACGACAUACUGGCGAUAUUUCCGUUUAGCGGAAAAAGUCACUUUCACAUGUUUCGCGCUGUUUCGGAAGCCCUGACGGCUCGCGGACACCACCUCACCGUUGUCGGACACUUCCCCAAGUCCCCGAAGGAACCCUCCAGACAACAUCAGUCGCAAAUUGGUGACACUAAUGGCGGCGGUGACGGAGGUGGGUCUUACACUGAUUACAGUCUGGUCGGCUCGAUGCCGGUGUACGAGAACUUCACAACCGACGAGGUGACUGGCAACGGUUACCUGAAAGAGAUGCUGAUCAUCCUGCAGGAUGGUUUGGAUAACUGCGAGGCAGUUUUGUCAUCGGGUCGACUCAGCCAGCUCAUUCAGUCCCGGGCCAAGUUCGAUCUCGUCUUGGUCGAGAUCUUCAACACUGGUUGCUUUGUGUCAAUUGCCAAUCAUUUCGGUGCACCAGUCGUCGGUUUAACUUCGACCAGUCUCUAUCCGUGGUUUGUCGGUAUGGUCGGUGACGUGGUGAUGCCGUCAUAUGUACCGGUAAACUUGUUACCGUUUACUAGUCGGAUGAUGUUUGCUGAACGCCUGAUCAACUCUGUAAUUCUGGUAGCGAUGAAAACGUACUACAAAUUCAAAUACGAACAUGCGGCUCAAGAAAUGGUGGAUAAAUACUUAGGAAAACUAAAUGGCGGUACAGUAUCAGAAUCCCUGAACAACGUAAACGCCAUCAUCGUAAACACACACUUCGUGUUUGGAGACACCCGACCGCUGCCACCAGGUAUCAUCGAAGUCGGAGGAUGCACGUACAAGAAGCCAAUGCCCUUGCCGGAAGACUUAGAACGGUACGUGACCGAGGCCGAACGAGGUGUCAUUUACUUUUCGAUGGGCUCAAUAGUGAAAAGUUCGUCCAUACCAACCAACCAAAAGAUGGCCAUGCUCCGAGUGUUCGGCCGACUGGACGGCUACAGGGUAUUGUGGAAAUGGGAGGACGACCCACCACCGCCGGAAGUUCGUCCCGAAAAUGUCAUGUUCGUGCCGUGGAUGCCUCAGUUCGAUGUGCUCAAUCACCCAAACGUUAAAUUGUUUAUAUCACACGGUGGUCUAAUGGGAAUACUGGACGCUCUUUACUCGGGCGUGCCCAUCGUCGGAAUACCCUUGUUCGCCGACCAGUUUUCAAACAUGAACUUUAUCGUCCAAAACGAAUGUGGACUGCAACUGCAACUCGACUUGAUCGACGAACAGGUCGCCGGUGACACUAUAUCCACUGUGCUCCACGAUGAUAAGUAUGCGAAGAACGCGAAACGGUUUUCGACGCUGUAUCGGGACCGUGACCAGGACCCGCUGGAAAAAGCUAUGUAUUGGGUCGAAUACGUUGCCAGACAUCGAGUCGACCUAAUGCUUAAGCCGGCCACUCAAGACUGGUGGUACGAACGGUGUUUGCUAGACGUGGCCGUCGCGGUGACUGUAGCUGUGGCCACUACGGCAUACUUGGCGAAACGGGUUCUAGCCAAAAGCCGAAUCGCUGUGGCUACUGAUCACCGCUAGGACCAUGCUGCACAUACGAGAAUUCAAUAAUGGCCAACUUCGUUCAGCACGUGGCUUAUGUAUGAUAUCCAAGGAACAUGCAUCGAAUUGUACAUAUUUCUGACAUGCAGUGUCAUUGACUGAAGUGGUGUUUGUAGGGGAAAUUUUCACUUCCAUUUCUGCAAUAAGGGACGAAAAGCGAGACUGGGAAUUCCAUAGUUGCUAUGAUACACCUGUGUCAAUAAAUUUACCGAUCUCCAGCCAAUCAUAUUCAACCUAAAAGUCUUGUUAUUUAAUUCAUUAAAUAAUAUUAAUAACAUAAAAUAUAACGUGUUGACGUGUUGGGUACAUUUAUAAACAAUAAAUAAUAAUUUCCGAUUGUA